AAUUUCCCAGUAAGCAAAUAAAAGUUGAUUAUGAAAACCUGUUGGGCUUUUGGAAUGCUUUAAGAACUACUACAAUUGGUAAAAAUGAUGAUUUCCUCAAACUACCUGAUAACAUCUACUUUUUGGGGAAAAGUGAUGAAGCUUCAAUCUUAUUUAUUCGUAAAUGUUAUUGUGACCUGUUCAAGGUUGUUUUAAGCAAUAAUACAAGAAGAUUGAUUAUCACUGGAAAUCCAGGGAUUGGAAAAACGUUUUUUAGUUACUAUAUGCUUUAUGAGCUCAUGCAAAAAAAUGCAACAGUUAUAUAUGACAAAGUUCAUAAUUUUCCGAUUUUAUUCAACAAUAAAACUGCUGUUGUUGGUGAAAAUCUAUUCAGUUUUUAUGAUCAUCUAAAUAAACGAGAUGUCUGGUAUAUUGUAGAUGGUAAACAACCUCAAGAUGUUGAAGCUAAGACAAUUCUUGUCUGUUCACCAAAGAAGAAUUACUAUGCAGAAUUUGAUAAGCAUCCUUUAACAACAACACGGUAUAUGCCAACAUGGGACAAAAGAGAGAUUGAUACAUGCUGGGAAGAGAUUUAUAAAGACAAAGUCAAUAAAAAAACAGUUGAUGAUUUAUUUUAUAAGUGGGGAGGAAUUCCUCGAUUCAUCUUGGAAAAAGCUAAUGAAGAAACUCAGCAAAAUAAGCUCAAAGAAGCAAUUGACACAUGUGAUGAGAGUAUACUUAUGGCUUCUAUUGGCAGAUCUGAAGCCAAACAAGAUAUAAGUCACAAGCUUAUUCACAUCAUGACAAAUCCCCUGAUCAAGGAGAGCAAUAAUUACAGUCUUGAAGGAAAUGAUGGUUUUGAAGAAGAUGAUGAAGUUGAAUAUGUUGAAGAGGAACCUUAUACACAAAAAAUUAUAAAAUUUGCAUCUGCAUAUGUGAGUGAAAUAGUGAUUAAGAAUUUUGAAAGGACCAUCAUGAAUAAAAUUCAUAGAGAGUUGAAUGUAAGCUUGUCAAAUGGCAUUAGUAAUCCAGUCUUAGGUAGUAUUUUUGAGGAGAUAGCUCACAUGAUACUGAAAAAUGGGGGAAAGUUCAGGGUUCGUUCUUUAGAUGACUCUAAUAUAUGUGAUCUACAGGUUAAUAAGCAAGAUAGGAUGUAUACAUUUUCUACAAUUGAAACAAUCACUGAUGGAAACUAUUUUCGACCAGAUAAUAAAAAUUUCCCAUCAAUUGAUUCUAUCAUUGCACCCAACAAGCUCUUCCAGAUGACUACUGCCAUGAAUCAUCCUAUUAAAAUGAUUGGUUUGGAAAAAAUUUAUGCCAAAUUAGCAGAGAGAGGAGAAUACCAUCCUGGAUUAAAAAUCGCAUCAGGCAAUUUGUUCUGGGGAUUAAUUUGA